UUGUGGAAUCAAAGUCAAUGGCGAUAUGCACAACACUUCGCCAAUUCUUACGCCUGAAAAUCAACUUGAGCACUUGCUACCCAAUUCAAGUGGUGAAAUUGUAGUGCCCCAUGGCCAGUGCGUGAGUUUGCGCUGUGGUGAUACAUUCGCAAAACCGUUCGACGGACAAACUCUGAAGGCACAAUGUGCCGGCGAUAAAAAUUUUCUUAUAAACAAUCAAAUGGUCAAUUUCUCAAAUAUCAAUUGCACUUCCAUGUCAACGCCAACGCCAAUGAGAACGGGACUUCGCUGCAGCGGAGGCACCCAAUGGCUCCAUUUCGGCAAUAAAUUCAAUGAGUCAUUACUACCGACAAUGCAAGUGUGUUUUGACGAAAUUCGCCAAACCACUUCUUACGUUGAACACACCAUUACUCCUGCAAGUAUUCACUACAAACAUGACGUGCCGCGUAAAAACUUCACUUCCGGCGAUUUCUUUGGGGGUAGAAACAUUGACCCUCUUUACAGACGGCCCAAACAAAUUAAGGCACUCAGUCGUAUACUUGGAAAGGAUUCUUCGAUUUACGUGACAGCCCAAAAUUAUCUGUCCCGUGGCCACUUGGUUGCCAAAGCUGACUUGAUAUUCAGUGGCCAACAAAAGUCUACUUUUCAUUAUGUGAAUGUAGUGCCACAAUGGCAGUCCUUCAAUGCCGGUAACUGGUCGCGCAUUGAGGAUGGAGUCCGUCAGUUCGCUCAUGACAGUGAUAGUACCCUACUCUGCUGGACUGGUACCUGGGGUGUUUGCACUUUGCCAGAUAUUAACAAUGUACAACGCGAGUUAUACCUAAUGAACGAUGAACAAAACAAUAAUGCCGUACCUGUGCCGAGACUGUUUUACCGUAUCGUUAUCGAUGCUGAGUCUCGUAAAGGUAUCACGUUCGUUGGGGUGAAUAACCCCUAUCUGACAAUUGAAGAACUGACAACUGGAGGAUAUCUGAUUGCAGAGGAUGUCUCCGACAGUAUUGAUUGGAUUGCUUGGGACAGGCAAAAUAUCGAGAAGGGUUACUGUUAUGCCUGUUCAGUACCAAACUUCGUAGCGAUAGUGAAAGAUUUGCCGUUGGUUAAGUUGGAGACGACCGGAAUUUUGGGAUUGAAGGAAUUGGCCAUCUAGGAUCAGCAUCCUUUUCUAUAUUAUUAUAAUCUCAAUAAUAUAUUUUUAAAU